CUGGCCAUGAAUCCCGAGUAUGACUACCUGUUCAAGCUGCUUCUGAUUGGAGACUCUGGCGUGGGCAAGUCAUGUCUGCUGCUGCGCUUUGCGGAUGACACCUACACAGAGAGCUAUAUCAGCACCAUUGGGGUGGACUUCAAGAUCAGGACUAUUGAAAUGGACGGGAAGACUGUCAAGUUGCAAAUUUGGGACACAGCUGGGCAAGAGAGGUUCCGGACUAUCACAUCCAGUUACUACAGAGGGGCACAUGGAAUCAUCAUAGUGUAUGAUGUCACUGAUCAGGAAUCCUUCAACAAUGUAAAACAAUGGUUGGAGGAGAUUGAUCGCUAUGCCUGUGAGAAUGUUUCCAAGUUGCUGGUGGGGAACAAGUGUGACCUGGCAUCCAAAAAGGUCGUGGACUUCACCACUGGAAAGGAAUUUGCCAUGUCCCUACAGAUUCCAUUCCUGGAAACCAGUGCGAAGAACGCCAACAAUGUGGAAAAGGCCUUCCUCACCAUGGCCACAGAAAUUCAGAAACGACUGGGGAGUGACAGCGUUCAGAAUGAGGCUGCCAGAGUCAGCUCAAAAAUUAACAGCGCCCCCCUCUGGCCAGGGGGAGAAAAAGCAGCAGCAGAGGAGGUCAGCUCUUGCUGCUGA